AUGGCCCCCAACCCUCCAUUCCUAAAACAGCACGCCCUCGACCAACAGGUGCUGGCUCUAAGUGGGGGCCCAAACCAAGCCGCUACCAUUCACCAUGUACCCGACCAGCCCUCGGUGCCCCUGAACAAACAAGAAGUGCGCCUUUUCCUCGAUGCCGAGCUGAAAACCGCCAUCCUAGAUAAGAUGUACAACUGGCUGUGGGUAUGCGCUACCAAAGAAAGCCACCGCAUCGACGCCCUCCACCAGCAAGUCUUCAAAGGCAGAUCCAUCGUCCCCACCGAAGACCCCGCCCUCCACCUCGUCUGGUUCAAAGACAAAGUCUGCAUCAAGCCCAUGCCGCUCUGCCUGCUAAACCACGACUUCUGGCUGCACUUCCUGCCAGAUGCUCAAGACCCGAAAGAUGCUCCGCACUUCGACACACGUGUAGCACUAGGCUUUCUACGCUCCUACGCCCAUCUCAUCCGGCACCGCUCCGACCUCGCCCUCGCUGUAGAAAAGGGCUUGCUGCCGAAACAUGUGGAGUGGCUCCAAUGGGAACACUUCAUCUCCCCCUUCCGCAACGUGCAAGACUGCGACGUCGCUCCCCGCUACCACUUCGGGCAAUUCCGCCUCACGCGUCUCAAUCUGCUGAUCCGCGUGCUGCGGCCCCGCUCGCACGACGACGCGGGCACAAACAGACACUACUACACUAUGCACUGGCACACGGCGGCAUACCUCCGACAAUUCGUAGAAGCAGGCGUCUUCGUCUUCGCGUCGGUGUCGCUCAUCAUGUCCGCCAUGCAGGUCAUCCUGAGCCUACCGUCCGAAGUGCAAACCCGCACGUGGGUGCGGCAGUCAGCGGCGCUGAGUUUUGCGUUCUGGGGGUUCUGCAUCACGGUGCUGAUACUAUUGGCAGUCAGUUGGAUGUUGUUGCUCGCAGGGCCGGUCUUGUAUUUUGCAGCACAGCAGGUUUUUGGGUACGCGAAGAAAGAGAAGUUUGAUCGCGAUAUGAACAGGGUUGGGAGGAGUGGAGUGGGGGAGAAGCGCGUGUAA